UCAGCUUAAUUUCAUUCAGGGUUUUGUUUUAAGUUUUUGAAUUUACAAUGGCGACGACGACAAACGCAACAACGGCGACACAACAGCAAACGCAAACGCAAUCACCAUCGCAACAACCACCAUUACCGUCGGCAGAAGAAUUAGCAACAAAGGCGUUACAAAAGCGUUACGAAGGAUUAAUGAUGGUAAGAACAAAAGCAGUAAAAGGCAAAGGCGCGUGGUAUUGGAGUCAUCUUGAACCAAUCUUACUUCACAACACCGACACUGGUUUCCCUAAAGCCGUUAAACUCCGAUGUUCUUUAUGCGACGCCGUUUUCUCUGCUUCGAAUCCUUCACGAACUGCUUCUGAGCAUCUUAAACGUGGAACUUGUCCAAAUUUCAACUCUUUACCUAAACCCAUCUCCACAAUCUCUCCUCCUCCACCACCUCCGCCGCCGCAAACGACGUCUUCUUCUCACCGGAAACGUAAUUCCUCCGCUGUGGAAGCUCUGAAUCAUCAUCAUCCUCAUCAUCAUCAUCAAGGGUCUUAUAAUGUGACUCCUCUCAGUGUUGUUGAUCCGUCGAGAUUCUGUGGGCAGUUUCCGGUUACGCAGCAGCCGCAUUUGAUGCUCUCCGGUGGAAAAGACGAUUUGGGUCCAUUAGCUAUGCUUGAAGAUAGUGUGAAGAAGCUUAAGAGUCCUAAAACUUCGCAGACGCAGAAUCUAAGUAAAGCUCAGAUAGAUUCUGCGUUAGAUUCUCUCUCUGAUUGGGUUUUUGAAUCUUGUGGCUCUGUUUCUUUAUCUGGUCUUGAGCAUCCAAAGUUGAGAGCUUUUUUGACGCAAGUUGGGUUACCGAUUAUCUCAAGGAGAGAUUUUGUUACCGGAAGAUUGGAUUUGAAGUAUGAGGAUUCGAGAGCAGAGGCUGAAUCGAGAAUCCACGACGCAAUGUUCUUUCAAAUCGCUUCUGAUGGAUGGAAAUUCGAAAACUCCGGCGAGAAUUUGGUGAAUUUGAUUGUGAAUUUACCUAAUGGGACGAGUUUGUAUAGACGAGCUGUGUUCGUGAACGGAGCUGUGCCGUCUAAUUACGCAGAGGAGGUUUUGUGGGAGACGGUGAGGGGUAUUUGUGGAAAUUCACCUCAGAGAUGUGUUGGAAUUGUUUCAGAUAGGUUUAUGAGUAAAGCAUUGAGGAAUCUUGAGAGCCAGCAUCAAUGGAUGGUGAAUCUCUCUUGUCAGUUUCAAGGUUUCAAUAGUUUGAUUCGAGAUUUUGUGAAAGAGCUUCCUUUGUUUAAAUCCGUCUCUCAAAGCUGCUCGAGGCUCGUUAAUUUCGUCAACAGCACGGUGCAGAUCCGAAACGCGGUUUGUAAGUAUCAGUUGCAAGAGCAAGGAGAGACUAGAAUGCUGCAUUUGCCUUUGGAUAGUUCCUUGUUUGAGCCAUUGUAUAAUCUUCUUGAGGAUGUGCUUAGUUCCGCUAGAGCGAUUCAGCUGGUGAUGCAUGAUGAGGUGUGUAAGGCUGUUCUAAUGGAGGAUCAUAUGGCUAGAGAGGUUGGUGAAAUGGUUGGGGAUGUCGGGUUUUGGAACGAGGUAGAAGCGGUUUAUUCGUUGUUGAAGCUCGUUAGAGAAAUGGCUCGGCGAAUAGAGGAAGAGAGGCCUUUGGUAGGGCAAUGUUUGCCGCUUUGGGACGAGCUGAGAUCGAAGAUAAAAGAUUGGUAUGCAAAGUUUAAUGUAGUUGAAGAGAGGCAGGUUGAGAAGAUCGUUGAGAGAAGAUUCAAAAAGAGUUAUCACCCGGCUUGGGCUGCAGCGUUUAUACUUGAUCCGCUUUACUUGAUAAGAGACCGCAGCGGAAAGUAUCUUCCUCCAUUCAAGUGCUUGUCGCCAGAACAAGAGAAAGAUGUUGAUAAGUUGAUAACAAGGCUUGUGUCUAGAGACGAGGCACAUAUCGCGAUGAUGGAACUGAUGAAAUGGAGAACCGAAGGGCUUGAUCCGGUUUAUGCAAGGGCGGUUCAAAUGAAGGAGAGAGACCCUAUUUCAGGGAAAAUGAGGAUAGCUAAUCCACAAAGCAGUAGACUUGUUUGGGAAACUUAUCUUAGUGAGUUCAGGUCAUUGGGGAGAGUUGCAGUUAGGCUUAUUUUUCUCCAUGCAACUUCUUGUGGGUUCAAAUGCAAUUCCUCUGUUUUGAGAUGGGUAAAUUCGAAUGGAAGAUCACGCGCAGCCGUGGAUCGAGCUCAAAAGCUGAUCUUUAUAUCCGCCAAUUCAAAAUUCGAAAGGAGAGACUUCUCAAACGAGGAAGAGAGAGACGCAGAGCUGCUCGCUAUGGCUAAUGGCGAAGAUGAUGUGCUAAACGAUGUUCUCAUCGAUACAUCCUCGGUGUGACUUGUUAAUUUUUACUUCUUUUUUCGGUUACUUUUCUGGCUUACCCCAUUUAGUUUUCACUAGAACUUGGCCAUUUUGUAGGAUUGCUUGAAUUCAUUUUUUUACCACCCUUAAUUUAAUUUGUAAUUGGUUCCUUUAGGAGGUGAGAAGAGAGCCAUAUCAUUGUAUUUCUUUUUAGUCUAUUUCGAUCAUAAUUUUAGGCGAUUUUUCCGUGUCUUUUUUUUUCGAACUUAAGCAAUGAUCUUGAGACUAGUUUUGGAAUUCAUGAAUACAAGUUACUCUUGUAAAGUUCUUGUCUUUAUCAUAUUUCCAUUAGAAGUUUCAUGUUUCUGCACCAAUUUGGCUUGCGUAGCAAUGAAUUCUUAAUGUGAAU